GUGUAACAUCGUUGAUGCAGCCGGCGGGAGAAUGUUACGAUCGUUUGUAAGCAGAUUUUUAAUUACCGUCGUCGUCGUCGCCACCGCCGUUAAUGCGUUGGCUGAUAGUGAUGAUGACCUUGUAAUCGUUCAAACUGGAAAUGGUCCCUUGAGGGGAGUGAAUCGUGGUUCGUAUUAUGCAUUCGAAGGAAUACCAUACGCCAAGGCUCCGGUGGGUGAUCUAAGACUAGCUGCAUCGGAACUGAACGAUGAACGAUGGGACGAGCCAAGGGAUGCCACUGAACAGCGAUCGGAAUGCCUCCAGUGGAGUCAUUUUGAGGAAGGUGAAGAUAGGACAACGGGAGAAGAGGACUGUUUGUUCUUGAACAUUUACACGACUUCGUUAAACAGUACGGAACCGUUGCCGACCAUAUUCUUUAUCCAUGGUGGAGCAUUCAUGUUCGGCGGGAAGAGUUUCUAUCAACCGGAUAAUAUGAUGAAGAUUCCGUUGGUGUUGGUCACGAUUAAUUAUCGUUUGGGGCCGCUGGGAUUCCUGAGCACGGAGGACGAUGUUAUUCCAGGAAAUUUCGGUCUCAAAGAUCAAGUCACGGCGCUCAAGUGGGUUCGCCUAAAUGUCGAGCAUUUCGGUGGACAUCCCGAGAGCAUUACGCUCUCGGGCUACUCGGCCGGAUCAGCCAGUGUUCAGCUGCAUUACCUCUCACCUAUGUCCAGGGGUCUGUUUAAGAACGGUAUCGGUCAUAGCGGCUCCGCUUUGAAUCCUUGGGUUUUGGUAGAAAACUCCGCAGAGAAGGCCAGAAAGAUUGCAGCUACCAUCGAUUGUCCAACGAAGCCCAGCAAGGAUAUGUUGAUUUGCUUGAGACAGAAACCGGCUCGAGAUGUCGUGCAAGCUGUGGCUCCCUUCUUCGACUUCCUGUACAACCCAUUCUCACCGCUUGGAGUUGUGAUUGAGAAGCAAUCUAAAAAUAACCCGAAGCCAUUUCUGGCAGACCAUCCGUACAAACUGAUGCAAACGGGUAAAUUCUACCGAGUUCCCUUGCUACUUUCGGUUAACGAAGCAGAAGGUCUCUACCCAGGAGCAGAAUUCAUCAGCAAACAAGAAUAUUUAAACGACAUUAACAAAAAUUGGAACAAGCUGCUACCAAGCAUUUUAGAUUACCAUACUUCAAUGCGAAACGAUGAAGUUCGACGGGAUGAGAUAAGCCAGACGAUUAGGAAGCGAUAUCUGGGUAGAAAAAUGCUCAGUGAUAACAGUUUCCGCGAUUUCAUAAGAAUUAUUUCCAACCGGCUCUACUUUGCUGGCGUCGUGCGUUCCACUCAGUUGAUGCAAGUGCACACACCCAUUUACUUGUACUACGAUGUGUACAAAACCAAGUACGCCAUCGGUGAAUAUCUAUCCAAUUCAACGAAGAACUACGGCGUUGCGCACGGCGAAGAUGUUCUGCUACUGUUCAAUACCGAAUGGCGUGAGCAAGUUCCGUACACCAAAGAGGAGCUGUUGGUUGCCAGUCGGUUCGUAAAAAUGUAUGAACAAUUCGCUCGGGACAGUGUGGCAACGUUCGGCAGCUAUGACAUACCGCGCAUGGACAAGAAGGAUAUGGUACGCUUUCUGGAGGUGAACUACCCCAAGUGCGAACCGAAGCUGUCCCGACAACUGAGCGAUGAGAACUUCUGGAAUCAAAUAGAUUUUAACGAUGGAAUGCCGGUUGCUGCUCCACCGGUGAAAACUGAAUUAUAAGCUUUAAUUUGUGUUAGGAAAGCUAAGAAAACCGGCUCCAAGCUAAUGCAUUUUCCUAUUCCUAUUUUGUCUUUUUCCGUACACUCAAACAAAAUCACACGUUAGUAUCAUGCGUUCAACACUUUGAUUUGCGCUACUUGCAUAACAUAUAAAUUUCAUGAGUGAGGCUUAUGAUAAAAGCUAUU